AUGAGGAAUAUGCAGACGGAAGCAGAACGGUUGUCGCAGCAAGUCCAUCAGCAGCUGCAGGUCAUCGAGUCUCUGGAGGCGGAACGCGUCUCGCUUGGGGAGAAUUUGACUGAACUGCAUUCAAGUUUGUCGUUGACGCGUCAAGCGCUACAAUCGGAGCAGCAGAACUCAACAAAGCUUCAGGAACAAGUCCAGUCGUUGGACCAGGCUUUGCACGAGUACACCGAACAGGUCGAACAGCAGCAGCAGACCAUCUCUCUGCUGGUCUCGGAAAAGGCUUCUCUCACCUCUGCUGUCGAGAGACUUGAGUACACCGAGAGCGCUCUCGAAGAGGCCGAGAAGCGUCUCCAGGACGAGUUGUCGAAGAGCGCGAACUCCAGAAACCCUCAAGAACACCAGGAUCGCGCGGACGAAGUCGAGUUCCAGCUCUCGAAGUUGCGCCAGGCUCACGAUGCACUCCAACGCGAUCGCGAAACUCUCGAUAAUCAUCUGCAGAAGAAGACGGCUGCCGAAGCGGAUUGGCAGGCACGACAUGCGGAGGUCGAGCGCCAGCACGCCGCCGUCCAGGAGCAGCUCUCGCCGGUGAUUGCGGAGCGCGACAGCCUCCUCGGCGAACGCACUGCGCUGCAGACGGAAGUCGAGGGCCACAAGCACAUCGUCGCCGGGCUCGAGCAAAAGCUCGCUGCGCUUGCUGCGGACGUUACCGCGGGCGCACGCCAGCUGAAGCAGACCCAGGCAGAGCUCAAGGCGUCGACCGCGCGCGCAGAAGACGCGGAGCGGAUGCAGAAGGAGCUCCAGACGGAGGGCAUCGGUCUCAUGCGCUCCCUGGACGAGAUGCGGCCCAAGAUCGUCGAGCUCACGGACGAAAAGCUGCGCCUGUCUGAGCGUAUGGACAGCCUCGAGAAGACGGUCGCCAACCGCGACGCCAUCAUCGCGCACCUCGAGGGCACCAUCGAGGACGCCAAGGACGAGAUGGCUGCGGUCCAGCGGGAGCGCCGAGCUCACUGCCGCCCGCAAACCGGCGGGGACGCAGAGGGCGACCGCACGAAGCUCCGCGCGGCCGUCGUGGCGCGCGAGGACGAGCUCCGCCGGCUCUCCGCGGACGCGCAGGCGCAGGCGAAGCAGCUCGCCGCGCUCCGCGCCGAGCUCGCGGAGCAGGCCGACGCGCAGGCGGAGGCGUCCGAGUUCCUCGCCCGCGCGCAGGCCGACGCCGAAGCCCUCCGCGCGGACGCGGCGCAGAAGGACGCGGAGCUCGAGCGCCUCCGCGACAUCGUCGCCUCGCCCACCGCCGGGCCCGGUGCGGGCCCCUCGCUCGACGACGAGAUGCUCAGCGCGCUCCGCCAGCAGCACGCGCUCGAGCUCUCCGCCGCGCACUCCAAGGUGCGCGCGCUCGAGUCCGCCGUGUACGACGCCGAGGCGAAGAUGCACGCCCACCAGCGGCGCGCCGCCGCGCUCGAGGGCGAGCUCGCGGAGGUCCGCGCCCAGCCGCUCGCGCUCCCCAGGCGCACGUCGAGCCGGCAGAACGAGCUCCGCAGGGCGUCUAUCGGGUCCGGACGCCCCGCGCGCACGGCGUCGCCCCCACCCCCGGCGACGCUCGCCGCGUUCGAGGGCCUCUCGCCCGAGGCGCGCCACAAGCGCAAGGUCAGCCUCAGCAUGCUCAAGGCGCGCAUCGACAGCGAGCUCGCCGCGUCUGCGCACCCGCCGCGUGCAGGAGCGACAAGCUCGCCGCGGCGGAAGGUUUCCGGACUCCCUGUGGUGGUUGAGCCUCCCGAAGUGGACGAGGCGCCGCACUCGCACGAUCACACUCACCAACACGCGCACAACGGUCAUAGCAUUAGCCACAAGCGGCCCGUCUUCAUGGACGAGUCGCACAUCUUCUGGUGCCACUGCUGCCAGGGCGAUCUUGUCGUACUCUGA